CUUCACAGUCUCUCUGCUCUGCUCUCUCUCUCUCUCUCUCUCUCUCUCUCUCCUGAAACCCUAAACCCUUUUCUGAGGGUUCUGAAAUCCGAUCAUAACGUACAGAAGAAGAGUCCUACUCUGUUGUCCUGUAAAUCAUCCGAUGGCGGCAGCGUCGAUGGUAUUUACGGACUGCUCCUCCUCCACCACCGCCGCCGCUCGCCUCCUCCCCUUCACACGUACCACCCCUCUCCUCCUCCGCACCACCCAAUACGCCGUCGUUUUCCCCCGCCGCUUCAUCCACCCUCCCAGAGUCCUCUCAAUCCACUCCUCUUCUUCUUCCCCCUCCCAAUUGUCCACCGCUUCAAUUGUUUCCCAAACUGAGAAGCACGAAAAAUCGGAUACGAAACUGGAAAUAGUGAAUAAAAGGCUUGAUGGGAAGAAAGUGGCAGAGAAAAUUAGAGGGGAGAUAGCUGAGGAAGUGUCAAGGAUGAAGGAUGCAAUUGGGGUUGUUCCGGGUUUGGCGGUUAUUUUGGUUGGAGAUAGGGAAGAAUCUGCCACUUAUGUUAGCAAGAAGAAGGAGGCUUGUGAGGUUGUGGGAAUUACUUCUUUUGAAGUGCAUUUGCCGGAGGAUGCCACGGAACAAGAAGUGCUCGACUCCAUCUCCGGCUUCAAUGAGGAUCCCUCAGUUCAUGGCAUCCUUGUUCAGCUACCUCUGACUAGGCAUAUGGAUGAACAAAACGUUUUAAAUGCUGUUAGCAUUGAGAAAGAUGUGGAUGGAUUUCACCCGCUAAAUAUUGGCUGUCUUGCCAUGCGAGGUAGGGAACCCUUCUUUGUUCCCUGUACUCCCAAAGGCUGCAUAGAGCUGUUGCAUAGAUAUGACAUCCCUAUCAAAGGAAAGAGAGCUGUUGUAAUUGGCCGGAGCAAUAUUGUUGGGAUGCCAGUUGCUUUGUUGCUGCAGAGGGAAGAUGCUACAGUCAGCAUAGUCCAUUCCCGAACCAAGAAUCCCGAAGAGUUAACAAAACAAGCAGAUAUUGUAAUCGCAGCUGUAGGGCAAGCAAAUAUGGUGAGGGGUAGCUGGAUUAAACCUGGUGCAGUAGUUAUUGAUGUCGGAAUCAAUCCAGUUGAGGAUAAAACAAAGCGUUCGGGCUUUCGGCUAGUUGGAGAUGUCUGUUAUAAGGAGGCCAAAGAAAUUGCUUCAGCAAUUACUCCAGUACCAGGAGGAGUUGGUCCAAUGACUAUAGCAAUGCUUCUCACUAAUACACUCAUAUCAGCAAAAAGGAUACACAACUUCCAGUGAGAUCUUCAGAGUUACUCCCAUAGCAAUGCUUUUUAGUGCAGGGACAGUUCUGUCCUGUUCCUAUUGGUUUCACUAUUUGAAGUCGAGAGUUCUUUUCGGUCAAGUUUUUUCAGAGUUUAAAGCUCUUUUCUGGUCAAAACAGUCAAAUCUAUCUUGGUCGGACCGUUCUAAUGUAUAAUGUGGUAUAAUGUAUUUACAGCAGGAGAAUUAUAUAGCAGAAACCAAGUACUUACUCUGACAUUUUAUUUGAUAGUCUUGGGGCAUCUCUCUCCUGAUUUCCUAAUA